UAAAAUGCUCAAACGGAAUGGAAUAUUUUCAGGUUUAAAUAAAAUUGUGAAAUAUAAGCAUUUUCUAGUAGUCUCCGAUAUAUGGAACCCAUAAAGCUAUGGGUCAUAUAAAAUUAUUAAAGAAAGUAUAAAAAGACAUGCACGUAUUAAAGUAAACAGAGAGAGAGUCCUGGACACAUUUGAUCGCCUCAUAUCAUAUCAUGUUUAUUCAGAUAACCGGGAGUUUUCCUCAAUGAAGCUGCACGUGCUACUCGCUGCUGUGUUCUUGGUGUCUUCGUCUCGCGUUCUGGAUCCGCCCCCGGACAGACGAACAUGCAGUUGCCGGUUCUGAUGCGCUCAGGAGCUGAGUACUUCAUCAGGCUGGACAAGGCCGCUCACAGUCCGCGCGCGGCCAACCGGGGAUCACCGACACGCACCGAGGCGCUUCAGCUGCAGCUCACGCAGCGGCGGUUAGGAGGUAAGCUCGGUACUGUCGGUAACGAGAUCCUGAACAGCCUCGAGAAGCGGCAGCGCCGGUCUGAGGAUCCACCAAUUUCCCUGGAUCUGACUUUUCACCUGUUGCGCGAGGUGCUGCAGAUGGCGCGAGACGAACAACUGGCCAGCGCGCGAGCAACAAUCGCAAGAUUAUGA